UAUUUCAAUGGCUACAUGACUCACGGAUUGCCGACACCAGCCCUUCUUUACGUUCUCGGUGUAUAUUUUCGAUCUGGCAUAACGCGUAAUAACAUGCAAUGUGAUUACCCUAACACCAAGUAUUAUUGAUAAUAGAAGCAGUUACGUACCUGACAUAUAAAUUCACUCUCUGUAGACUAGCGGUUACUCAACGCAGACGAUACAGCUUCACAAUUCAGAGCCCGAUAUGAUAUCGGCAUUUCAAAAAUACAAAUACAAGUAGAGCAUGUAUAGAGAGAAUACGCCGUUAUAUAUCCGGGUCAUAUAGUGAAUCUCCAACUCUCAUUACAAAAAAGAUAGUGCUAUAUGUGCUAAUUCGUUGCAGGUUAGGACGAAGUUAGAAUGGCGUCACACCCAGAACCAGACUUUGACGAAGUCCUCAAACUGAUCGCAGAAGACAUAACCAACGAAGACCAUAUUGAAAGGUUAGGAAAAGCCCUUGGUUUCCGUAAAGGCCCCAUUGAAAACUACAUCAAAUCCAACUUCCGGUUCGGUAACGUUACGAGCAGGGGUACACUUCAGAUGCUCCGGGAUUGGAAUCUUAAAGUAAGCAGAACGCAGCAGUUUGGAGAGCUAAGGGCGGCUCUAAUAAAGGCAAACUUGCAGGCGACGGCGGAUGAUCAUUUACCCCAAGCUGGCCUCUGGGCACCGCGGAAUUCCCAGUCUGCCCCACCGGGACAAACACAGGAAGGCCCUAGCCUAUAUGUGACCGAAAGUCAGAUCAUGUACAUCGCCAGGAAUCUGUUAAGUGACUUUUAUUCUCCGUUCGCCAGUGCACUAGGCUUCUCGUAUGCCGAGUAUGAAAACAUCAAACGGAAACAUCUGAACGACAUAAAGGAAGCAACCUUAGACAUAUUGAACCAAUGGAAAAGGAACACAGGUGGUUUGCGGAUAGCUUUAGAGGCCGCUCUUAACGAGGCAGAAUGUGCACGCUUAGCAUAUACAUAUAAAGACGCAUAAACCCGAUCAGUUCCCCGGUAGAACCCCAACAUAUUUAUGCAUUUUUUCGUUUGUGGGGGCUGAAAGUUGCAGUAUAGGGUGUUUAAUUCAAGAGUCCGACGGAUGCUUCCUCGGCACCCUUGGGCAUUUUUUUUUAUUGACGUCAUAAGCCACCCCCACUUUUUUUCACUUACAUAUGACUUCCACUUUUUUACGGAAUAAACAUAACAUGUUUAGUAUUAAAUAAGAGCUAAAGAAAAAUUAAAUGCAAAUAAAUGGAUCACUGGGGAUUUAAAUCACGCAUGCGUCAGUUAAAAGUCAUUUAAGGUCAUUAAGGUCAAACUGCAUUGCAAAUGUAAAUGCAAUCUCUUUAUGUGCAUUUUAUUUUUCAUUUAGCUAUAAUUUGAUACAAAACAUGAUAUGUUUAUACCGUAAAAUAUGAAAGUCAUAUUUGAUAUUCAUGUGAAAAGGGGGCUUGGCCUAAGACGUCAAUAAAAAAAAUGCCCAAGGGUGCCGAGGAAGCACCCGUUAGAUUCUUGAAGGAGACACCCCAUACAACUUCCAUAAAAAAUCGCAUACAUACCAAGCUUGACGGUCAUACAAUACUUUUGAUCAUAUCUACCCGACUCUAUCAUAAACCUAUUCCAACACAAACAUCACGCUGCAGCAUAUAGGCCUAUGGAAUCAAGCACAGACCAAAUAGUCGAAGGAGCAAAUGUCGUCUAACUGUCACCAACUAGAUCAGCUCUUCAGGGACUAACAUGAUAACAACCCUCACGAAACUGCUGUCCCAGCCUACGUUUGAUGUAUAAAAAAGUGUAACUAUUUGUCUUUCAAGCGGCAUGGUUACUGAAAAACAACUACAACAACAAAAUGCUAGAUUAUUUACAGGAUUUAGAGAAUUCAGCUAGCCACGCCACAACUGAUACCUUGUUUAAUGUGAUGUGAUUUUCAUUUUAUUCUCUUUCUACGAAUCUGUUUGAAUUUUUAUAUAAAUUGUCAGCAAUCAUGGUAAGAAAAGAGGAGGGAAUGAUUCUUUUAAAUACAAUGCGAGUCAGAAAAAAUGUUAAACUUUUAAAUAAAGUUUUUUUUUAAAGAGAAUGUGGGAUUCAGAGAGAAUUUCUAGCAUUUAUGGAUAAAGUAGAUAUUCCUUUGUCACUUGGUAAAAUUUGUUUUAAUGUUGUUGUUAUGGUUAAGGGCACAACAUCCUUUUUUUUAAGUGUCAAAACCCAUUUGCGCCAAGUCAGGUGAUUAUAAACGGCGGGAAGCUUUGUCCGAGUUGUGGCCAAAAUGAAAAAAAAAGAACUUUUCAGUGAAGAUAAUUUAUUGAUUUACUGGUUCUUUUGUUUAUUUGUCUUGAUUGAUAAACAUACACACAAACUUUACGCUCAUUGUUUGUGUGAAUGAUCUUGUCUCUGUUUCGCCUGACUUGGCGCAAAUGGGUUUUGACACGUUUUCAAACAAUGGCUGCUGUGCACUCAACCAUAACAACAACACUGAAACAAUUUUACCGAGUGACAAAGGAAUAUUUACUCUAUCCAUACAUGCUACAAAUUGUCUAUAUAUAAUGUUAUACAAACUAAAGACUCAUAUUGAAAGAGAAACAUUUGCUCUGUUCUAUUGUGUAAAUAUAUUUGAUUUGACUUGAAGAUUAAGUAGGCAAAUUCUGAGAUAAAGAAAAUCUCAGGAUUUACGAGAUUUUGCACGGAGGAGGGCUGAACCACUAAAGGAUCUGGAUGUAUCUGAACUAUUUGCUCACUAGCAUAUAGGGACCUGCGGUCUCAUUCGGUUUCAUACUCUGAUUCCUGAAAUUAAAGCUAUAUAUUUUA